GCGAGGGCAGUGGGAGUCCCUUGAACGGCACUUCGGGAGCUGAGGUGAGCUCAGGCAGGCAUUUCCCCUCGGCUGCCCCCUCCCUCCUCUGCUUUUAAAGAAAAAAAAAAUCGAUUUUUCCCAGCGACCACCGAAAGGCUGUUGCACUCUUAUCGGGGACAUUAGACACUCGGGUGGAUGCAAACAUUACUGGUGUACUGCUCAAGCGCGGACAGCUUUGUGAAAGAAAGAACGAAAGCAAGAAAAAGGGGAAAGAAACAUCUAGGAAGGAGGGAUGGUGGACAAUUCCAGUAGCGGUGGCAGCAGCAAGGCGCAAAUGUCCAUCUUAUCUCAGGACAGCAGCCUGGCAGGAGCCUUCUCUCAGGCAGCGCUGGGCGGUGCGGCCGGCAUCAAACUCGAAGCAGUUAUGGAGCAGCUCCAGAGGCAGCAGCAAGCCAAGCUAGAGAUGGAGCGAAAAGAGAGGCACCUCAGGGAGGCCCACAUUCUCUAUGCCCAGCAGCUGGCCGCUCAGCAAGCCAUCAUGGCUUCAGCCAGGGCCCAGGGUGCACCACUGACCCCUGAGUUCUUCAGCAAGAGCGCCCUAGAAAGAGUUCCAAAGGGCAGCCAGGGGCCUCCAGCCAGCAGGGUUUCUACACAAAGCAGCGUGGACUCUGUUCGGGAGGAGAACGAGAUGGACAGAGGGAGAGAUUCUGCGGGAGAAGAGGACGAAGAGGAUGAGAUGAUGGAUGGCGAGGAAGGCAGCGAGGAUGAAGAGAAUGAGGGUUUGGAGUUUCUAAGGAAGCAGAGCCUUGCUCUCCAGCAGGCCGGUGUGGGAGUUCCUCCGUAUCCCUUCCCCGUCUACGCUGCCUCUCCCUCGGCUGCCAAAAAGCGGGCCCGCUCACCCCCACCCAAAGUGAAAGAUGAACCAGAAGACAGCCCAUCUCCUACUGAACAGCACUCCUUCACCACACCAAAUGGCCUGGCUGACUGGAGCUUUGAUGAGUCAAUCAAACAGAAUGGUAAUGCAAGUUGGAAUGAAGAAAGCGAUGGCGGGAGAGGAAGAGGAGAGGCCUCCAGGGACUUUGCCAAGCUUUAUGAACUGGACAGUGACCCUAACAGGAAGGAGUUUUUAGAUGAUCUUUUCACUUUCAUGCAGAAAAGAGGUACACCAGUGAAUCGUAUCCCCAUCAUGGCCAAGCAGGUCCUGGACCUCUAUAAACUCUAUAAACUCGUGACUGAGAAAGGAGGCCUGGUAGAGGUGAUCAAUAAGAAAAUUUGGAGAGAGAUCACCAAAGGCCUAAACCUCCCCACAUCCAUCACCAGCGCAGCCUUCACCCUCCGCACACAGUAUAUGAAGUACCUCUACCCAUAUGAAUGUGAGAAGAAAGGGCUUAGCUCUCCUGGGGAGCUGCAGGCCGCCAUCGAUAGCAACCGCAGGGAGGGCCGACGCCCUGGCUACAGUAAUAGCCUCUACCGCUUCUCUCCCUCGCCGAGUGGGGGUGCCCCCCACCUCCUUUCCCCUCCCAAGAUGCACCUGCCUGCUUCUGGACACAACGGCCUGCAGAGCACACCUACUCCAGCCCUUAAAAAAGGGACAGUUCCUGAAGAGGGUCCUGCCUCCAUGUUGCCAGGUCGAAUCCCCCUGGCUCUGGCUCUGGGUCACCAGCAGCAGCAGCUGGCCCGGGCUGCCACCCUGGAGCAGCUGCGUGAGAGGCUGGAGACUGGCAUGGGUGCUCCUGCUAUGGAGGCGCCAGAGAGAAAGAUGGCACGCUUGGCAGAGGAGCAGCAAAGGCUGCUGCAGCAGGCCUUCCAGCAGAACCUGCUUGCCAUGGCAUCACAAGUGAACCCUGCCAACCUCCGCAUCAACAGCACCAGCACACGUGAGGAAAAGCAGGAUCUGUCUCUCAGUAUCUCUUCCAGUGGAUCGGCCAGUAUCACCGUGUCCGUAGAGGUCAAUGGGAUUAUUUACUCAGGUUCCCUGUAUGCUCAGAAGUCUUCUGUAGCCAUGCCUAACUCAGCUACAUCCUUAAGCCAGAGCUCCACCCAUAGCCCCAACAUCGCCUCCUCCUCCGCCUCGUCCUCCUCCUCCAAGGGCCCUGGUUCUGUGGAGCCAGCUGGUGCUGUCUCUCCCUAGCUCCCAGCAGCCUGCCUAACUAUAGUCUCCCUCUCCUGGAGAAGCACAUCCUGUCUAUGGCGAGUUUUUGGCCAUCCAGUGGACUAUCAAAGCCAAGUCUACCUCCUUUUGAGAUCAUUCAGGCUCAUUUCUGCUGAGAGGGGCCUCCACUUACACAGAGUUUAGUAACUGCUCUGCCCUGUUGCAGAUGGCCUGUGCCCUUUGCCACAUGUCUGCUGCAAACUCUCUCAGGACUUGGAAGAUCAUGAAAAUGAUCAUAUCCAAAAUCACAACAAAGACCUCAACUUAAUCUUAAUGAAAAUGCUGUUAUAAGCACAUUUCGUGCUCCACACACGUUUAGUAACUGUACUAUAUGCCUUCCUCUAUGCAUACUCAUCCAUAGAAUCAUCUGUUUACAAAUGCCGCUGCUAAACAAUCAUGGCAAAAAUACUCUGCCAAAAUCCUACAGUGGGCAUUUAAACAUUUUUCCAUCAGUAGGUGUUCUUUUGUAAUUAUCUUAUGCACACCAAGAGUGGAUUACAGUGUAUCAGGGCUGAGUACUCUGAUUGCUGUCUGAUCUAUGAAUAGAGGGUUUUUUUUUAUUCAUUUUGCUAGAUUUCAAAUGGACCACAAUCCCAUCAAGUGUUAUUUGCAGUUGUUUUUGUUAGCAGUGGGGUCAAACUUUUUUUUCUUAUCUUUUCUUUCUUUAUUUAGUGUAUUUUCUUGAUUUGAUUGUGGAUUUGUUUAUCAAUUAUUUUAGUUUCUAGAUAUACAGAAAUAUUCAUUUGAUUUUGAAAGAGUUUUGAAGAGUUUUGAGUAUUGAAACUGCAGUUUACACAGCUUAAAGCAUACAUUUUGCUAUUAUAGACAUUUUAUAGACAACAGAUUGGUCCAAAGAAUGGUCUUGACCAUAGGCACGACAUUAGAGGGGACACCGAGUGUUCCACAAGUCAAUCAUUUAGAUGGCGUCGGACGAUCAGUUACAGGCUCAUUAAUAUGGGCCCUUAUUAGCAUGUUAUUUCCUUGGUAUGUGGAGAUGGUUUGAGGAAUUGUUCAGAUAGACUUUUUUGAAUCAAACCAAGAUGCAAAAAGGCACGAUAAUGCUGAAAUCAAAGAAAUUUCAGGGUCUUUGUUCAUAAAGAAUCUAAGAGUUCUCACGAUGCAUACUGAUCCUGGUCACACUGUGCUAAAGGAAAAACAGGAACAGCGCUUUAAGUUUGGGGCUUUUUUUUGUUUUUUUUUGUUUUUUUUUGCAUUCCUCCCCUUUCUCCUUGAAAAUUGUCUAUCUUUAUUUGUUUCUUUGUUUUUCUUUUCUUUUUACUCUCUUAUGACUUUAGACCUCAAAUGCCUUUCCAUAUUGGAAAGCAAGUUUCUCAGGAAUUUCAGGUUGAUCUCAGUGGUUUUUACCUCAGCACCACAACGCCUCAUGUCUCAAAUGAACAAGGCUAGAUAUACCUCAGCGGGAGAAGUGAAAUAGCUACCUCAAAAUUACCUUUGUAUUGUAUAAGUCAGGAUUUACCUCAGAAUUAGCUCCAGACACUAGAUAGUCAAAUAAAGAUUUUUUGAGUUUUAUGAAUUAUCUCUGAAAGUACCUCUUAUUAAAUUCUGCUAUGUUCUCAGGUUAGUAGUGGACAAAAUACCUCAGAAAUAUGUACAUAACUAACAACAACUUCCAUGCAGUGGUAUGAGAAUUAUUAGACGUUUAUGAUGAUAAAGAGAGAAAUCUCAUAUCAAGUGUUUCAGUUUUUUCUAUAAAGACCAUGUGUCAGUGGGAUUGGGGUUGAUCUUAUUUCAAUUCAGUCAGGUCUGUUCAGUACCUGAUAAAUGUAAAUAGUGAUGAAUUUCAGUUUUGAAUGGAGCUUUGUUGCAUCUACAUGAUUCACUGAAUUAAUGAGAUUCCCCCAAACCUUACAACACAGAGCAGUCUUCAGUAAGGGAUGUGGUCAGGAGGUGAUUUUGUUACCUCUCGAAGGACCCACAUUCACCAUCCCUACUUUGACAUUUUGUGCUUGAAAAUAUUUCCUACAGAUAUGAUAUCUCUUACCUCUUUGACAGAUAACUACACAGCUGAAAACCAAAGACCAUCUCACUGUAUUUCUACUGUGCUCUCUGGUGUUCUCACUUUAUUUACACAUGGAGCUUGACAAAGUGGAAUUAAAGUCUGAGUUA